UUUUCAUAUUUAUUUUGUUGUCUUGGAACUGAAGAUUCAUCGAAAGAUCGUGAGUUUCAUUCAUUGCUUCUCGCGUGUGGUAAUCACAUCAUUGUGUUAUGCAUCCAGGUAAUGGUGUCGCAUAAAGUCUUAGAAUUUGGAGAUGAUGGUUACAAAUUGCCUGCUCAAGCUCGAGCUCCGAGAUCAGUCCGGAAGAAGCGCAUUUACGAAAAGAAGAUACCAGGAGAUGAUAAGAUGUGCGCGAUUGACUUAUUGGCCACCGUAGCUGGAAGCUUGCUACUCGAGAGCGAAAGUUCGGUAAAUGCGGGUGGAGAUAAGUGUGUAGUAGUUGUACAAAAUACUGUAAAGAAGGAAUUCCCGGCUGAAGAAAACCCCGUAAAGGCGUUACCUUAUUUGGAAGAUAAUCUUUAUCAGCGAUCCCCGGGUCCAUGUGACAAUGGCCAGUGUGGAUUUAGCUCUGUGAUAACAAAUCCUAAUCACUUGUUGGUAGGUGACAAAGUAGAAAAGGAGGUGGAGGGUUUUAGUAGCUUGGGUGGUAGUGAUUCUUGUGAAGUCAGAAACUUUAGUAAGAAUCUUAAUCCGGGUGUGAAUGGUGAUGUAAAGCCUGAUAUUGUAGCUAGUAUAGGUAGUAACAGUAGUACCGAGGUGGGAGCAUGUGGGAACGGUGAUCCCCAUGAUUCUCGGGAUGAUGUAAAUUUAUUUAGUAGAAAUGAUGAUGAUGAAAACUUCUCUGGGUACAUUCGCCCUCGUAUGACUAGGCCUGUGCCUCGUAUUGGAGAUAGAAGAAUCAGGAAGAUAUUGGCAUCUAGACAUUGGAAAGGAGAUGCAAAGCCAUGGUAUUGCUCAAAGAGGAGUUAUUACUUGCACCAUUAUCAGAGGAGUUAUCCCAUCAAGAAAAGGAAAUACUUUGACAGUAUUUCUGAUUCGAACUCUGAUGAUUACCGUUUGCAAGGAAAAACACGUAAAGGAAGCAGAACAAUAUCUUCCAUGAAAAGUCGAAAUGCGUCCUUUGUGUCAAGGGACCAUCAUGUGAGGCUGCGGAUCAAGUCUUUCAGGGUGCCUGAGCUUUUUAUAGAGAUUCCAGAAACUGCUACUGUUGGCUCCUUGAAGCGGAUGGUGAUGGAAGCAGUGACUACCAUACUGGGUGAUGGACUCCGAGUCGGGCUGAUGGUUCAAGGAAAGAAAGUCCGAGAUGAUAGCAAAACUCUUCUUCAGACUGGGAUUUCUGAGGAGAACAACCACUUGGAUUCUCUGGGUUUCUGCCUUGAGCCCAACUUAGAAACUACCCCUCAACCGCUGUCAUCCAGUUAUCUGUCAGAGCAUGCAUGUGAUGAUUUGACGUUAUGCCGCGGCAAUGCCUUGGAUUCUAGUCAUCAGCCAGCAGCACCAUCCCAAGCUGACUCAUUUGGAAAACUAGGCACAACGGAUCAUUCUAGAGCUUUGAUUCCUGUUGUGUCAGCAGCAAUGUUGGCUCCUCGGCCUCCUAACCGUAAGUUUAAAAGGACUGAGCAGCAGCUAGCUGCACAGCGCAGAAUUCGUCGACCUUUCUCAGUUACUGAAGUAGAAGCACUGGUCCAAGCCGUUGAGCAUCUCGGAACCGGAAGGUGGAGAGACGUUAAGGUUCGUGCUUUUGAGGACGCAGACCACCGUACCUAUGUUGAUCUCAAGGAUAAGUGGAAGACGCUGGUCCACACGGCAAGGAUAUCACCACAGCAGCGUAGAGGAGAACCGGUGCCACAGGAACUUCUGGACCGUGUUCUGAAGGCACACGCUUACUGGUCACAACACCUAAUGCAUCAACUGCAGACUGAGCCACCAUCUUCUCAGGUAGAGGCUCUAAUCUGAACAGGUUCUUCUUGUUCUAAAGAACCUUUGUGUAUUAUUAUGAUGAUCCAUAUUGUAAGAUUCUGACAUAGUUGAAGAUCUGGUCUCAGUUCUUCUUGUUUUUUUUUUCUUCUAUCUUUCAAGUGUAAAGUUUUAUAAUUGGAAUAAGGUUGUGUUUUUUUU